AUGCAUUCACCACGAUCAUUACUAACCAGCACUCUCCUUCUGGCCUCACUUACCCUGCCUGCAUCAGCCCACGGAACAGUCCAAGGUAUCGUGGCAAACGGCCAAUGGUACCGCGGCUAUUCCCCGCAAUUCCAAUGGAUGAACCCUAUCCCUGUAGUCGCAGGCUGGAGCGUCCCCAAAGACACCGACAACGGCUUCGUCAACGACUACACCAGCACCGACAUCGUCUGCCACCGCGAAGCGACCCCUGGAGGAGCCUACGUCAAAGUCGCCGCUGGCUCGACUGUCCAGCUGCUGUGGACUGCGUGGCCACACAACGUCGGCCCAGUGCUGACCUACCUCAGCCCCUGCCCCAACAACGACUGCGCGACGCUCGACAAGUCUACCGCGCUAUGGACAAAGAUCGACCAGAUGGGCAUGACUUCCACACAACCUUUCCCUGGCAUCUGGGGCUCAUCACAGCUGAUGCAGAACAACAACUCGUGGACCGUCACCAUCCCAGCAUCGGUCGCGCCGGGAAAGUAUGUGCUGCGUCACGAGAUCAUCGCAUUGCAUCAGUCGCAGGAUAUCGGGGGUGCGCAGAACUAUCCGCAGUGCGUCAAUUUGGACGUCUCGGGCUCAGGAACGAAUGAUCUGUCGGUCGGGGGAACUUUGGGGACGAAGCUGUACACGGCGAACGAUCCGGGGAUUCAUGUUAAUGUGUAUAAUGGGCUGCAGAGUUAUGUUAUUCCGGGGCCGCCUGUUAUGGGUGGUGGUGGCGGAGGUGCUGGUGGACAGUCUUCUGUCCCGUCUGUUCCGACAAGUACGACUUCGCUGGGAGGCAGGCCGCCGACUACGCUUGCGACGGUUGCUGCGCAGCAGACAUUGGGACCGAGCCGGACAUCUUCUUCAAGUGCUCUGGGGAUCAAGUCGAGCUGUGUGGCUGCUCCCUCGAAGGCAGUGUUGUUCUCUGGGUCGAUGGAUGGCGCUGCGGGCGUGCCGGUGAAGUUCAAGUGCUAUGCGGAUGAGUUGUAG